AUCCAAGCACCGACAACCCGGCGCACGUUUCUAACGAACACCUCCUUGUCACCUUUCUUUCGAGCAUACGCCUUGCUCAUCACACCACCUCAACUCUCUCUCUCUCUCUCUCUCUGCAAUGAAAUCACCAAUUUAAUCACUCAGAAUGAUCUUUCUCUCUCUACCCCUAUACUCGUAAGUUCUGUUCUCACAUAAUGAAAUUAUUCUUACAUUUUUUUUUUAAUUUUUUAAUUUUCUUUCUGUUAAUUAGUUUAAAUCUGUUAAUUUUGAGUCCUAAAAAUCUGUAACAGACCUGACCAAAUUUAGCCGACUUCUCGUGAUUCGUGCUACUUUGAUCGUUGUUCAUAUCAACCUCUUUGCGUUCAGAUUCGAUUCAUUAGGUCCGAUAAAUCAGCUCAUUUUCAUAGUUCAAUUAUUAUAAUUUGAUUAAAAACUCUUUCUGUCUUUGUUAUUUCUUUAAUCCUUAUUUGUAGUUUCCGAACCAGAAUCGCAAUUAGGAUUAGGGUUUAGGGUUUGUUAACUGCUAGGGCUGUUUAAUAUUUUUUUUGUCAGAUUAGGGUUUUUUUUUUUUUGGUGGUGGUGAUGUAAGUUUUGGAUUGAAUUUGUUGAAAUGGAUUGAUUAUAUAUGUUGUUUUGAUGAGGAAUAAUUUGCAUUUUGCCUGUUGAUUGUUUCUAUUGGGAUGUGAUGAGACGCCGUUCUUCAAACGGUUCUCUCUCGAAUCAUAUGGAAAAGGUUACUGGAAAGAAUCAACCUUACUCCAGACUUUGUUUGUUAGCAACUUUAUCAUCAUUUUUCUGGUUCUUGUUAUUGUACUUCCAUUUCAUUGUCCUCAGAGGUAGUUCUAUUGAUGAUCCGCCACAGUUCGGACCCAUCUCCGUUAGCACCAAUUUCUUCAAUGCCCCUCCGAGUAGAGUCAGGCCAAGCAAUGCACAAUCAAUGCCAAUUAGUCGUCCAACUAGUCCUCCACCUCCACCGCCAUCUAGUCCUCCACCCCCAAGUCCUCCGCCUUCUAGUCCUCCAGCUCCUCCGCCUCCAACGCCCUCUAGUCCUCCACCUCCUCUGCCUCCAAGUCCUCCACCUUCAACUGAUCAUAUUGCUCAUAAAUCAGAUAAUUACCCAUUUAUGAAGGCUUUGAGAACCAUAGAGAACAAGAGUGAUCCAUGUGGUGGGAGGUAUAUUUAUGUUCACGACCUUCCUCCGAGGUUCAACGAGGAUAUGCUUAGGGAGUGCAAGAGUCUUAGUCGUUGGGUGAACAUGUGUAGAUUCACUACUAAUGCUGGGCUUGGACCCCCACUGAAGAAUGUAAAACAUGUGUUCUCGCGUACUGGUUGGUAUGCCACGAAUCAAUUUGCCGUUGACGUGAUCUUUAGUAACAGAAUGAAAAAAUAUGACUGCUUGACGCGUGAUUCUUCUCUAGCUGCUGCCAUUUUUGUACCUUUUUAUGCGGGGUUUGAUAUUGCCCGGUAUCUUUGGGGGUACAACAUUUCGACGAGGGAUGCUGCAUCUCUUGAUUUGGUCAAUUGGCUUAUGAAGAGGCCUGAGUGGAGCAUUAUGGGUGGAAAAGAUCAUUUUCUAGUUGCCGGUAGGAUAACAUGGGAUUUCAGAAGACUAAGUGAUGAAGAAUCAGACUGGGGUAGCAAACUUCUGUUCUUACCAGCUGCAAAAAAUAUGUCCAUGCUUGUGGUUGAAUCAAGCCCAUGGAAUGCAAAUGAUUUUGCUAUUCCAUAUCCGACUUAUUUUCAUCCAGCAAAAGAUGGUGAUGUGUUUGUUUGGCAGGAUCGUAUGAGAAAACUAAAGCGCAAGUGGCUCUUCUCCUUUGCUGGUGCUCCACGUCCCGACAACCCUAAGUCAAUCAGAGGGCAGAUUAUUGAUCAGUGCAAGAAGUCCAACGUAGGCAAACUCUUGGAAUGUGAUGCUGGGGAAGCUGGGGACAGUAAGUGUCAUUCACCUAGCAGUAUAAUGCUGAUGUUUCAAAGCUCCCUUUUCUGCCUGCAACCACAAGGUGAUUCGUACACACGAAGAUCUGCUUUUGACUCGAUGUUGGCAGGUUGCAUACCUGUCUUCUUCCAUCCGGGUUCGGCAUAUACACAAUAUACCUGGCAUCUUCCAAAGAAUUACUCAAAGUAUUCAGUAUUUAUUUCAGAGAAUGAUAUACGCAAGAGGAAUGUUAGCAUCGAGCAAAGGCUCCGCCAAAUUUCUCCCGAGCAGGUGAAAAUAAUGAGGGAGGAAGUUAUAAGUCUCAUCCCGAGAUUGAUAUAUGCAGAUCCUCACUCCAAAUUGGAAACCUUAAAAGAUGCAUUUGAUGUUUCUGUACAGUCAGUAAUUGACAGAGUUACAAAACUGAGAAGAGACAUCAUUGAAGGUCAUACAAAUUCGAAUUUCAUUGAGGUAGUUAGUUGGAAAUAUGCCCUAUUAGAGGAAGGGCAACGUGAAGUGGGAGCUCAUGAAUGGGAUCCUUUCUUCUCAAAACCAAAGGAUGGUGAUGGGGAUUCCAAUGGUUCAACUUCAUCUGCAGAAGUGGGUAAAAAUUCCUGGAAGAAUGAGCAAAUACAACACUCAUAAAUUAGAGGAAUUGUUGAUAGAAGUUCCGGUAAUGCCUUGUGCUUGCAGAAUGGGGCUCUAACCAAAAGAUGCGACUUAGAGGUGGAAUGUGGGUAAGAAAUCUUACUUGGUCCCCCUUCUUAGGAUUUUUAAAAUCUAGUUCAGCUAACCCCAAAACCUUGGCCAAAUCGAGAACAUAGAAACAUAUAUUUUCUGCUUCUAGAAAUAGGUUUUUCAUAUUCUUCAUUAUUUAAUUUGUUUAAUGAUUCAUUGUAGUGUAAUGGAUGCACACAUGCUGCUAUAUAGCUGACGUUACACAUUUUCAUCCCUUUCACAAAAGAAUAAAUAAUGCAAGAAAAUAAUAACGAGUUCUUAUCAUCCAUCAAGAUUUAAGCAUAGAAAGUGUG